GCAAAGAUGACCACAGUGCGUACAAUUAUUUCUAUUGCCGCCUCCCAAGGCUGGCCACUUCACCAGAUGGAUGUCAAAAAUGCUUUUCUUCAUGGUGAUCUCAAAGAGGAUAUUUACAUGACUCCUCCUCCGGGUUUGUUUUCUUCUCCAUCUGCCGCUGUGUGUAAGUUAAAGCGGUCUCUCUAUGGCUUAAAACAGGCUCCCCGGGCAUGGUUUGAAAAAUUCAGGUCUACUCUGCUUCGCUUGUCCUUUGUCCAAAGCCAAUAUGAUUCUUCUUUGUUCCUUUGCAAGACUCCGACUGGUCUCGUUCUUUUACUUGUGUAUGUGGAUGAUAUUGUCAUUACGGGCACCGACUCUAGUUUGAUUGCACAUCUCAAGCGGAAUCUUCAAGACUCUUUUCAUAUGAAAGACCUUGGUCCUCUUACGUAUUUUUUGGGGUUGGAGGUGCACACUGAUUCUUUUGGUAUAUUCUUGAAUCAACACAAAUAUACCCAGGACUUGAUUAGUCUAGCUGGUCUUCAAGAUUCUUCUUCGGUGGAUACUCCUAUGGAGGUUAAUGUGAAAUAUCGAAGUGAGGAGGGUGAUCUUCUCUCUGAUCCUACUGUGUUCCGACAGUUGGUAGGCAGCUUGAAUUAUUUGACUAUUACUCGGCCUGAUAUUUCCUUCGCUGUCCAGCAGGUUAGCCAGUUUAUGCAAACUCCACGCCAUCUUCAUUUAGCUGCUGUUCGACGUAUCAUUCGAUAUCUUCGAGGGUCCCCUGGCCGUGGGUUGUUCUUUCCAACCGGCUCUCCUCUUCGCCUUGUUGCUUAUAGUGAUGCGGAUUGGGCAGGAUGUCCUGACACUCGGCGGUCUGUCACGGGUUGGUGCAUGUUUCUUGGUGAUUCUUUGAUUUCUUGGAAGAGUAAGAAGCAAGCUCGCGUUUCUAAAUCAUCUACUGAAUCCGAAUACCGGGCAAUGUCUGCUGCUUGUUCUGAGAUUGUCUGGCUUCGUGGGCUUCUGGCUGAGCUUGGUUCUUCUCAAACUGAUUCUACUCCUCUUUAUGCUGAUAAUACUAGUGCCAUUCAAAUAGCUGCUAAUCCUGUUUACCAUGAACGUACGAAGCAUAUUGAGAUAGCUGAUGUCUUCACGAAGGCUAUGACACGACAGUGUCAUCAGUUCCUUGUGGGCAAAUUGAUGCUUCUUGAUCGACCAGCAUCAAUUUGAGGGGGGAUGUCAGUCAGAUACGGUCUAUAUAUAUCAUUAUAUAUUUAGCCAUAAUUAGUCUUUCUAGUUAUGGCAUGUUCUUGUAUUAUAGCUAUA